UUAAACCCUAGAGGCCUUAAACCUUGUGUCUGCGCCGCGUUACCUAUCACUCUGACCGCUCUCAACUUCUUCCUCCUAAGCAAAUUUCUUCAAUCCUCUGCGUUCUAGCAUCAUAAUCCUUCGUGUGGUUUCGUUUCUCAAAAAUUGGUUGGUUGAGAAAGAUAAAACAUGGUUGAAUCGGAGAAGGCAUCCGUUGAAGAGCUGAAGAAGAGGAUAAGGAAGAGGACUCGUGGGAAGAAGAAUGAGCAGCAAAAACCGGAAGAAGAAACCCACAAUGUAGAGGAAGUCUUAGAUGAAAUGCAGAAGAAGAGUGGAAAGAAGGUUAAGGAAGUCAAGUUGCAAGGGAGAGGCCAAAUCGAGGAAGAGGUGGAAGCAAAGGAGGAAGGCGAAGAAGAUAAGAAUAACUUGAUUGUCAGGGAAGGGAUAAUGACUAACGAGACUUUUGAAUCCCUCAACUUAUCAGAGCAAACUUCAAAAGCUAUGAAGGAGAUAGGAUAUCUUUACAUGACGCAAAUUCAAGCCGGAUCUAUUCGGCCUCUAAUAGAGGGAAAAGAUGUUCUCGGUGCUGCCAGGACUGGUUCUGGUAAAACCCUUGCUUUUCUCAUACCGGCUGCAGAGUUGCUGUAUAAAGAGCGUUUCUCCCCUUCCAAUGGGACUGGUGUCAUUGUUAUUUGUCCCACAAGAGAGCUUGCUAUUCAGACCAAAAAUGUGGCGGACGAGCUACUCAAGCAUCACUCACAGACAGUCGGCAUGGUUAUUGGUGGCAAUAACAGAAGGUCGGAAGCACAACGCCUUGCGAAAGGUGCAAACUUGUUGAUAGCAACUCCGGGACGUCUUCUUGACCAUCUUCACAAUACAAAGGGUUUCAUUUAUAAACACCUGAAGUGCCUUGUGAUUGAUGAAGCUGAUAGGAUACUGGAAGAGAAUUUUGAGGAAGACAUGAAUAAGAUUUUAAAGAUUUUACCAAAGACUAGGCAAACUGCGUUAUUCUCUGCCACUCAGACUUCUAAGGUCAAAGAUCUUGCUCGGGUGUCAUUAACAUCUCCUGUUCAUGUUGAUGUCGAUGAUGGCAGACGCAAGGUGACGAAUGAAGGAUUGGAGCAAGGCUACUGUGUUAUUCCGAGCGAAAAAAGACUUAUCCUUCUAAUUUCCUUUUUGAAAAAGAACCCUAAAAAGAAAAUCAUGGUAUUUUUCUCGACUUGCAAGUCGGUACAAUUCCAUGCAGAAAUCAUGAAAAUAAGCAAUGUGGAUGUUUGUGAUAUCCAUGGAGGACUGGAUCAGAAUAGAAGAACUAAAACCUUUUUCGACUUCAUGAAAGCAGAAAAAGGUAUCAUGUUAUGUACUGAUGUUGCUGCCCGUGGUCUCGAUAUUCCGGCUGUGGACUGGAUUGUACAGUAUGAUCCUCCAGACAAGCCAACGGAAUAUAUCCAUAGGGUUGGUCGAACGGCCCGUGGAGAAGGAGCAAAGGGAAAGGCUUUGCUUGUAUUGAUUCCUGAAGAGCUUCAGUUUAUUCGCUACCUUAAGGCUGCAAAAGUACCUGUUAAAGAGCUUGAGUUGAAUGAGAAGAUGCUAAUGAAUGUUCGAUCUCAGCUGGUGAAAUGUGUUACCGAAGACUAUAAUCUGAACAGGUUAGCCAAGGAUGCAUACCGAGCUUAUAUCUCAGCAUACAAUUCACACUCUUUAAAAGACAUCUUCAAUGUUCACCGACUCGAUCUCCAGGCGGUUGCAGCAUCAUUCUGCUUCUCUGGUCCACCUAAAGUGAAUCUGAACAUAGAAAGUAGGGCUGGGAAAGUGAGGAAAGCAAGGAAUCAGCAAGGUCGCAGUGGCUUCGGCCCUUACAGUCCCUAUGGCAAGUCCAAACCUAAAGAUGCGUGAUGUCUCGGAUCGCCUUACAAAAUUACUAUUUGCUCCUUAGUUGGACACUUGUUUUUGAUUAAUUACCACCAAGUUUUGUUUCAAGAGUAUACAGCAUGUUUAAUUUAAAUGAAAUGUUUCUUAUAAGUUAUAAUACCUGGCUUACUAGCAAUAUUUUUCA